UUUAUUUUGCUCGAGAUUGCUAAGGGGAAGUCCUUUUAUUUGCCUGCACAACGUUGCAAGUGAUAUAGGAAAUGACAAUGGCAUCCCUUGACAGAGUCAAAGUGUUGGUCUUGGGAGAUUCUGGCGUUGGAAAAUCAUCUUUAGUUCAUCUGCUGUGCCAAAACCAAGUGUUAGGAAAUCCUUCAUGGACAGUGGGCUGUUCUGUGGACGUUAGGGUUCAUGACUAUAAAGAGGGCACCCCUGAGGAGAAGACCUAUUACAUUGAACUGUGGGAUGUUGGAGGGUCUGUUGGAAGUGCCAGUAGUGUUAAAAGUACCAGAGCGGUUUUCUACAAUUCGGUUAAUGGCAUUAUUCUAGUCCAUGAUCUGACCAACAAGAAGUCCUCCCAGAAUCUGUAUCGCUGGUCAAUGGAGGCAUUAAAUAAAGACUCCUCUCCUACAGGGGUCAUCGUGUCCAAUGGGGAUUAUGACAGAGAGCAGUUUGCAGAGAACCCCAUCCCUCUUCUGCUUAUUGGCACCAAAUAUGACCAGAUACCUGAAAACAAACGUAAUGACGUCCUGACCCGCACAGCCUUCCUGUCAGAAGACUUCAAUGCAGAGGAGAUCAACCUGGACUGCACAAACCCACGUUAUUUUGCUGCUGGAUCAUCUAAUGCUGUGAAACUGAGCAGAUUUUUUGACAAAGUUAUAGAGAAGAGGUACUUCACCAGAGACCCCAGUCAGAUGACGGGCUUUACAGACAGGAAGCGCUUCAACUUCAAGAGCCUUCACUAUGACUGAACAUGAGCAAAUACCACAGAGGCUUGUGGCUUUAGUUCUGUUUGUCUAAUGAACUUACCACCCCAUCUCAGUUUCAGACAUGCCUCUCACUACUGCAGGUUUGUCUGUGAAUGUUUACCAGUACCAUCACUUAAUACACCACUAAUAGAAAAGUUAUGUACCAUACAUUUAAAGUAAGUUCAUGAAAGACUCCAUAUAUCUUUUUUGGCACCUGAUAUCUCCCCAAACUGCUAAGAAGGGGCCUGUAUUGCCUACAUUUGUGUUAUGUAAUGUAUAAACAGUCAAAUUUGACUUUUCCCAUUCUCAGUUAAGAAAGGUUUAACAUACUUGUUUCACAUCUUCCUCAGAAUCAGGAUCACAGUUGUUUGCUGAACAGAUGAAAAUGAGUUAUCUUUCUUUUUUAUUGUUAAUCAUUGUAAUUUAUGCCAUUUCAUAAAUUUGCAGUUUGCUAUAUUAACAAACUCAGAAGACUGUAUUCAUGUAUACGUUGGUGUUGGCAAGCAACGUCAACAGAUGAAUAAAGACAGAUUUAUGAUGAAA